CUGCUCUCUGUGUGUGUUAUAAAAGCGACGGGGUGGAGGUGACCACUGGUUGUGAGCAGCCUGUAGCCACCGCUCUGUUAACACUGCGAGUGCCUUGAACGACGAGAGAGAGAUAGAGAGCCGGCGGCGGCGGCGGCGGUGAUGGUGGUGGGGGUAUAACCCCGUAACUUUGCUAAACAACAACAACACAGCACCACCCCACCCUUACUCGCGUGCGGGAAACGUUUUAACUACUGAGCGCAGAUCAUGGCUAGGGAAUGGUCGUAACAAUUGAGGCUACAAGACUAGAACACCGCAGUUACACACACGCUAUAUCUAUUUGUGUGUGUGUGUAUAUGAGGAGGCUUCAUAGUCGUAGAGAACUCGGCUCCGUGAAGGGACAGGAGAGUAAAGAUUCGAUUAUCGGACCGCAGCAUCGACGCGCUCCGAGUUAUCCUUGGCUCGGGCGGCAAUUAUAUGACGCAGAAGGAAGAGUGGUGGACACGGAGGUGACGUCAACCCUGGAUCAUCGUCUUCCUCCAGCAUGGCCUCGAGCAACCAGCAUGACAUGAGUAAGUUACUCACGGAGUUGCUGUACUGCCUCAAGUACAGCACACUCAGGGGUUCCCAGGACAACUUGCGACAGGAGAAACUCACCUUCCUGGCACAGGCAUUCGGCUGCAGCACUGAAGUCAUGCAGGCAGCGCUGGACAGCGUCAAUAAUGCCAAGGCUCCAGUUUUCAAAGUGCGGCUGCUCCUGGGAGGGGCGGCCGGGUUACAGAACAAGAGCGUGGACGGCCCCAGCCGGCCGUACGUGACGCUGUGCCUGGGGAGGCAGGCGGAGGCGAGUGACGCGGGCGGCCUGCAACGGAGCGCCGUCAGGGAAGGGCCCCAGCCGACGUGGAAACAGACGUUCAUCAUUGACCUGGAGAAUUCAGACAGCCAGGCUCUGGUGCUCAAUGUAUGGAACCAGCAGAGUGGGAACUCUCUCGUGCGCAUGCUGACCAAGCUGAGCAGCGCACGGCGCCUCCAGCGGUGGGUGAAGCAGGCGGUGAAGCGUCUCCGUGAGGACCGCACGGCCGGGAAGCUCUCACGUCGCGACGACUUCCUAGGCCAAGUGUCGCUCUCUCUGCAGGCGAGAGCCCCGUCAACAACAACAACAACAAACAAACAACAACAACGUUCACAACACCGUUAACGAUCGCAACAACAACCUCAACAACAUU